AAAACUACAUUACCCUUAAUGCAUCCCGGCCCGAGAACAGCUGAACAUGGACCGUACAGCUCUGCAACUGCUACUCUCAUAAAUUGUUGGAGAAAAGCGUUUUAUAACCGCGCAGAAGGAAACGACUAGUGUAUAUUAGCGUGCGUUAGCAACAGCAUGUCCGCAUAUCCGGCCUUCCAGUUUGGCAAGCCUCGUUUCGACCAGAACACAUUUUUUGGUCGGUUCAGACACUUCCUGGAUGUGAUUGACCCCAGGACACUCUUCGUGACAGAGAAACAGCUGCAGGAGUGUGUGGAGCUGCUCGACCAUUUCAAACAAGGAACUCUUCCCUCAGGAGUGACAGAUGCUCAGCUUUGGCAAGCUCAGAAAAUAAAGCAGGCCAUCAUCCACCCUGACACUGGGGAGAAGAUCCUCAUGCCCUUUCGGAUGUCGGGUUUUAUCCCUUUUGGCACACCAGUGGUUGUUGGCCUCCUUCUCCCAAAUCAAACGUUGGUGUCUACCGUCUUCUGGCAGUGGUUAAACCAGAGUCAUAAUGCCUGUGUCAACUACUGCAACCGUAAUGCAUCCAAGCCGGCUCCAGUAUCCAAAUUUGUGCAGGGCUACUUUGGAGCAGUGACCAGUGCAGUCUCCAUUGCUGUUGGCUUGAACGUGUUAAUCCAGAAGGCAAGCCGUCUCAGCCCAAACACCAGGCUUUUGGUGCAGAGGUUCGUCCCCUUCCCAGCAGUGGCAAGUGCAAACGUCUGCAACGUGGUACUGAUGAGACAUUCUGAGCUGUCGGAGGGCAUCAGCGUACUCGACAACAAUGGGAACGUGGUGGGAACAUCCAGAGUAGCUGCCAGGCAUGCACUUCUGGAGACAGCCCUGACCAGAGUGGUCCUGCCUAUGCCCAUCUUGAUACUCCCUCCCAUGAUCAUGGCUGUCGUGGAAAAGCUCCCUCUCCUGCAGAGACAGCCGAGGCUCAUCCUCCCCAUCCACAGCCUGGUCGUCCUCGCUGCCUUCAGCCUGGCUCUGCCUCUGGCCAUCAGUCUCUUCCCACAGAUGUCCCAGAUCAGUGUGAAUCAGCUAGAGUCGGAGAUCGCCAUGGCAACAGAUUGUAAGACUGUGACUUACAAUAAAGGUCUGUGAGUGGUCUCGACUGCCCGACACGUGAAGAUACGACCCGCUGCUCAUCAUGGUUUAGCGAGGGUUUAACAUAUGUUUACAGAGAGCCGCCGUUCACAUAAAGAAUACAUGUUGUUUAUGCCAAGGCAGUGGUUGUUAAAUAAGCAAUAACACCUGAUGACAUUGUUAUAUUGGAAAAUAUACAUCAUGACACCUGAGAAAGUAUCAGUUGUAACAUGGACUCUUACACCAAGGACACGGUGCCAAAUAAAUGGGGCACUCGGAAAGGCUUGUAGAAGACUAGGCCUGCUCAAUCCAGAGUGUGCUCGUUGUUUAA